ACUCGGACGCGACGAGUCAACGCAGCCACUGACUCGUCCUAGUAAGAAUAAGAACAAGGCAACUCGGUAACUGAGUCUUCAGAACAACCCAACCCAAACCAAACCAAACCAAACCAAACCCAACCCCUUUCAUCUCUACUCUGCAUUUCCUUGACUAGGGUUAUCUCUUUCCAUUUCUUCCGCUUCUCACACCUUCUUAAACCCUCACACUCACUCUCUUCAUUCAUUAAUCUUCAACGCUCCAAUUCCAACCCUUCCUAGGUACGCUUUGGUUUCUCUCUCCAUUUCCAAUCCUUCUCGAAUCGGUUUUCCAUUUCUCCAAUUCCCUUCACUCCAAUCCUCGAUUUCAUUUCCACUCUCAUUUCUCUUCGACGCUUGCUCUAUAUGUGUGCCUUUGCAGGAUCUGAUUGAACCCUAGCUUUCGAAUCGAGAAUUUGUUGAAAAAAUUAAAAAUCAAUCAGAGGCCGUUUCUUUGUAGGAUCUUAUACUAGGGUUCCAAUUCUCUUCGGAUUGAACGAUGGAGCAUGCGGAACAACAGCCGGAGCAGCCGGUUCGAAGACCGAGGGGGCGCCCGAGGAAGAGGAGAAGAAAGGAGGAGGAGGAGAAUGAGAACGAGGCGAAGAGGCAGGCUAUGGGGACUCGGGCGGUGGCGUUUGUGGGAAGGUAUGUGUUGAAGGAGUUUCCUAGAAAUGGGGUUUUUCUAGGCAAAGUUAUGUAUUAUGAGUGUGGAUUGUAUAGAGUUAGUUAUGAGGAUGGUGAUUGUGAGGAUUUGGAUAGUGGUGAGGUUCGGGCGAUACUUUUGAAUGAUGGUGAUUUUGAUGAUGACUUGGCGCGGAGGAAGGGGGUGUUGGAGAAAUUAGUGUUGAAGAAAAAUGGAAAGGUGGAAAAUGUUUCUGCUGAAGGGAGUAAGGAGGGAUUAGCGGUUGGAGUGAGUGAAUUGAGUGAAGGGUUGGUGGUUGAAAAUGAUGACGGAGAUGGAAAUGAUGACGAUGACGAUGAUGAUGAUGGUGAUUCGUCAAGUGACUCUGGUUUGGAGGGGAGGCAUUCUGGGAUUGAUGCCGAGGCGCUGCCGCCUUUGCCGCCACCGCUAGAGUUGCCACCAUCAUCUGGAACCAUUGGCGUUCCUGAGCAGUGUGUCUCACUCCUAUUUGCUGUGUAUGCAUUCUUGAGGUCAUUCAGCAUUCGCUUGUUUCUAAUGCCGUUUACUUUGGACGAGUUUGUUGGUUCUCUUAACUGCCGAAUUGCAAACUCCUUGUUUGAUGCCAUUCAUGUUUCCCUAAUGAGAGUGUUGCGGCGACAUCUUGAAACUGUCUCUUCCGAGGGCUCAGAGCUUGCUUCAAAAUGCCUUAGGUGCUAUGACUGGAGCAUGCUAGACUCGUUGACUUGGCCGGUGUACUUAAUAAUGUAUCUGGUAGUCAAUGGGUACAAAGAUGGGCCCGAAUGGAAAGAAUUUUAUGAUGAAGUUUCUAACGGUGAGUAUUAUGUGCUUCCAGUAUAUAGGAAGCUACAAAUACUCCAAAUCUUGUGCGAUGAUGUUCUGGCAUCCGAGGAGGUGAUAGCUGAAAUGAAUAAGCGAAAAGAAUCAGAGGUUCCAGACAAUGAUGGAGAAGAUGUCCUUCCUUCAGAAGUUGGGCUUAGAAGAGUCCAGCCAAGAUAUGCCAAUACAUCAGCUUGUGAGGAUAAAGAAGCUACAAAGUUUGUUUCAGCUUCAAAUGCUGUGAACCAGCCUGGGAACUCUAUUUCAUAUUUAAGAGAUACAGAAAGUACUGAAGAUUGUGAUGUUGAUAGAAAUGGUGAUGAAUGUCGCCUCUGUGGCUUGGAUGGGACUCUACUUUGUUGUGAUGGAUGUCCCUCUGCUUAUCAUUCUAGGUGUAUUGGCGUGAUAAAAAUGCAUAUACCAGAAGGGCCAUGGUAUUGCCCAGAGUGCAAAAUUAAUAUGACAGAGCCAACCAUUGCAAAGGGAACAUCACUCCGAGGAGCUGAAAUAUUUGGAAGGGAUUUGUAUGGGCAACUCUUCAUGGGUACUUGCGAACACUUGCUUGUGUUGAAUAUUGACUGUGAUGAAUUCCAUCUUAGAUAUUACAAUCAGAAUGACAUUCCAAAGGUUCUGCAAGUGCUUUAUGAAUCUAUGCAGCAUAGACCUAUAUACCAUGAUAUUUGCAUGGCAGUGCUACAAUAUUGGAGUGUUCCAGAAAAUUUCUUGUUUCAUUCUGUUGCAACUGGAACAAAUGUAAACUCUUCAAAUAUAAAGGAAGAGACAGAGCCCUCUACUUCAUUACUUCCUUCUUUGGGUGAAGGCAACAAUAAACCUGUUAGUUUGGUGAAGGAAGAAUAUCCUUUAACCACUGUAAGUACAAUUUACAGUGCUGAUAUGGUGCCUCAGUGCUAUGCCAAUGAUAGCAGUAAUGAGUGCCCUACUUUGACUAUGAAGCUUCCUGAGGACACUAGGAUUGAGUCCAUCAUCUCAGCUGAUUCUGCUUCUGUUUCUGUUAGUCAUCAGUCUGACAUGAAUCAUCAAAAUUUUGUUGAUAGGCCAACGGUUGUAGAUCCUGCUAAGUGCUCUAUGGCAAAUGGUGAAUUUAGUAAUUAUGGCCAUGCAAAUGAUACUGGGUUGCCCAUAACUGUUUCUUUGCUAACCAAAGAAAGCACCCAAUCAGGUUUUGAAAAGUGUGAACGCAAUGUAAUCAAUGAUUUUGCUUACAAGGGUCUCUCCUAUAAGCCUCUGUCAUACAUUAAUUACUAUAUACAUGGUGAUUUUGCUGCUUCAGCAGCUGCUAAAUUUGCCCUUCUUCUGUCAGAGGAAUCUAGGUCAGAUGGCCAUGUGUCCGACAGGAGAACUGCAUCUGUAAACACUUACUUGCAAGCAAAAGCAUUCUCACUAACUGCAUCGCGAUUCUUUUGGCCAAGUUCUGAAAAAAAGCAUGUGGAGGUUCCGAGAGAAAGGUGUGGCUGGUGCUUUUCUUGUAAAGCCCCUGUUACAAGCAAGAGAGGAUGCAUGUUAAAUCAUGCUGCUUUAAGUGGCACAAAAAGUGCUAUAAAAAUACUUGCUGGUUUUUCUCCUAUAAGAAGUGGAGAGGGAAUACUCCCUAGUAUUGCUACUUACAUUAUAUACAUGGAGGAAUGUCUACGUGGUUUAGUAGUUGGGCCCUUCCUAAGUGCAAGCUAUAGAAGGCAGUGGCGUAAGCGAGUGGAACAGGCCACAACAUUUAGUGCUAUCAAGCCACUUUUACUUCAACUUGAGGAGAACAUUCGAACGAUUGCUUUUUGUGGGGACUGGGUUAAGCUGAUGGAUGAUUGGUUGGUUGAAUUUCCCAUGGCACAAAGUGCCACAUCUACUGUUGGAACAGUACAAAAACGAGCACCAAGUGGGAGGCGUUACAAGAAGCGGUCAGCUAUUGAUGAAGCUUCAACUGAUGGCUGCUCCAAAAACUGGGUGUGGUGGCGUGGUGGCAAAUUCACCAAAUUUAUAUUCCAGAAAGCAGUCUUGCCAAAAUCCAUGGUCAGAAAAGCAGCACGACAAGGUGGUUCGAGAAAAAUUUCAGGCAUUUCCUAUGCUGAUGGCUUCGAAAUCCCUAAAAGAAGUAGACAACUCGUUUGGAGAGUUGCAGUUCAAAUGAGUAGGAAUGCAUCACAGCUGGCACUUCAGGUUAGAUAUCUAGAUUUUUAUCUCAGAUGGAGUGAUCUGAUUCGUCCAGAGCAGAACAUCCAGGAUGGGAAAGGUCAAGAGACCGAAGCUUCUGCUUUCAGAAAUGCAAAUAUUUGUGACAGUAAAGUUGUAGAGGGGAGAAGUUGUUACGGAAUAGCUUUUGGGAGCCAAAAACAUCUUCCUUCUCGUGUGAUGAAAAAUGUUGUUGAAAUAGAGCAAGGUCCAGAAGGAAAGGAAAAGUAUUGGUUUCAUGAAAUGCGUAUUCCUUUAUAUUUGGUAAAAGAGUAUGAAGAAGGUAAUGGAAACGCCCCAUGUAAUGAAGAGCACUUGAAUACUGCAUCUGAAUUACUUCACAGAAGGCGAUUGAAAGCUGUCUGCAAGGACAUAUUCUUUUACCUUACCUGCAAGAGAGAUAACUUGGAUGUGGUGUCGUGUUCUGUAUGUCAGAUGGGUGUAUUAAAUCGGAAUGCUCACAAGUGUAAUGCAUGUCAAGGUUAUUGUCAUGAGGGCUGUUCCACGAGUUCAACAUUCUCUUCAAAUGAAGUUGAGACCAUAUGCAAGCAAUGUUACCAUGCCAGAAUUCUUGCUCAGAAAGAGACUAAUAAUGAAUCUCCAAACAGUCCGUUACUACUCCAAGGACGAGUGAAUAACUCUGGUGCAUUUUUGAAGGGAUCAAGGCCUAAAAGCCACGAUCGAGUACCAAAAUCUUCCAGGACAAAGGCACCAAAUCCUGACAUGAAACAAGUUACCCCUGUGGUUGUUUUGAAAGGAACAAAGGCUAAAUGUUAUGAACAAGAACCGACUUCUACCAGGACAAAGGAUAAUCAACGCCCUCGCAAAAUUUGUUCUUGGGGUAUUAUAUGGAAAAAGAAAAAUAAUGAAGAUACAGGCAAUGAUUUCAGCCGCAGAAACAUACUUCUAAAAGGGGGUUCAAGCAUGCCACAAUCACAACCUGUUUGUCAUUUGUGUAGUAAGCCAUAUAGCUCUGAUCUGAUGUAUAUUUGCUGUGAGGCGUGCCAACAUUGGUAUCAUGCUGAGGCUGUUGAACUUGAAGAAUCCAAAAUUUCUAGUGUGUUGGGCUUCAAAUGUUGCAAGUGUCGCAGGAUAAAAUCACCCACCUGUCCUUACGCCGAUCCUAAGCCUGAGAGACAAGAGGGCAAGAAGUCACGCAAAAGGCCUUCAAAGAAAGAGCAUUCUGGAGCAGUAGGUACUGAUUCUGGAGCAAUCUUUGAUACUAGGGAGUGUGAAGCUGCUACCCCUGGCUUUCCUGUAGAGGACGGUUCUACUCCUGUCUUUCCUUUAGAGGACGAUCCUCUUCUUUUCUCCCUUUCGAGUGUUGAGCUGGUAACAGAACCUAAAAUAGAAGGGGAUGUUGAAUGGAACGGUGUCCCUUGGCCAGGGCUUCAGAAACUGCCUGUGAGAAGGAAGCAUGAAGGGGAUGGUGAUGUUUCUUUUGGAGGUACGCCUUUGCAUGGUGAAUUCUCAACCUAUGGUGAGGCAGGUAAUCCCACCAUACCUGCAGAGGAACCUUCAGAAUACGCCUCUGCUGUGAACGACUCGGAUAAUGUAAAUGUAAAUUAUGAUUACAUGGAUUUUGAACCUCACACCUACUUCUCUGUAACGGAACUGCUGCACUCAGAUGAUGGUAAUCAGUUUGACGGAGUUGACGUGUCUGAGGAUUUGUCAGGAUAUUUGGAAAAUUCUAGUGCUCUGGCUCCCGGAGAUCAUGCAGAACCUGCAUUUUCAUUGCAAGACACCGGCUAUAGUUGUUGUAAAUGUCUACAAAUGGAACCUGUACCUGAUCGCUGUUGUGAGAAUUGUGGGAUGUUGAUUCACAGCCAAUGUUCGCCUUGGCCUGAAUUACCAUCAAUGGUUGAAAAUUGGACCUGGAGGUGUGGGAAUUGCCGGGAAUGGUAAGUAAUUUUGUAAUAAUGAAUGUACAUUAUUUUGCUCUGCGGCCUCGAUGGGGAUGGGUUUUUGUUGAUGCUCUGGAAUCAUGGGAGAUAUCGGCUGAUUUUAAUCCCGAUAUUUGGGAUUGUUUUUCCCAUUUCAGAUAUAAGCAGGAUUUUUUUUACAAUGCUUAUCUGAUACAUUAUUUGUAUAGAUUAAAAAUUCUCAUUUUUUUUGUAGUCCAAAAGUUAAGAAACAUCUAUAUACUGCAUUCGUAUGCAUA